GAGAGGGAGAAGCUGGCUGGCGGUGCUGAAGAUGGCGGAUGGUGACAGUGGGAGCGAGCGCGGUGGCAGCAGUGGAGGGGGUGGUGGAAGCGGGUUCCAGCACUUUCAGAGGGAGCAGGAGACCCAGGAGUUGGCGUCCAAGCGACUUGACAUCCAGAACAAGCGUUUCUAUCUGGAUGUUAAGCAGAACAACAAGGGCAGGUUCAUCAAAAUUGCCGAAGUCGGGGCCGGGGGUUCUAAAAGUCGCCUGACCCUUUCCAUGUCAGUUGCAGCGGAGUUCCGUGACUACCUCGGGGAUUUCAUUGAGCACUACGCCCAACUCGGGCCUAGCAGCCCGGAGCAGAUUGCCCAGUCCUCCGUGGGUGAGGACGGCGGGCCAAGGCGGGCCCUGAAGAGCGAGUUUCUGGUCCGCGAGAAUCGUAAAUACUACCUCGAUCUGAAGGAGAACCAACGGGGGAGGUUCUUACGGAUCAGACAAACCGUCAACCGAGGGCCAGGAUUCGGGUUAGGGGGCCCAGGAGGCGGCAUGCAGGCCGGCCAGACCAUAGCCCUUCCGGCCCAAGGCUUAAUAGAGUUUAGAGACGCCCUUGCCAAGCUCAUAGAUGAUUAUGGAGGCGACGAUGAGGAAUUGACCGGCGGAACCGCUGCCGGUGGCUACGGUGAGCUACCCGAGGGCACAUCUAUAAUGGUGGACUCUAAACGGUUCUUUUUCGACGUCGGGUCCAACAAAUACGGAGUGUUCCUGCGAGUCAGCGAGGUCAAGCCCAGCUACAGGAACUCUAUUACCAUCCCGUUCAAAGCCUGGGGAAAGUUUGGAGGGGCGUUCAGUCGCUACGCUGAGGAGAUGAAAGAGAUUCAGGAGAGACAGCGGGAUAAAAUGUACGACAGGAGAGAGGAGUCCGAAGGAGAGGACGUGGAUGACGACUGAGUAGCCUAGUUGAAACAGCUGAUGGUACAGUUCAGUCAGAUCUGCAAUAGGAUGUGUCGCAAAUGACAGAUUUAAGUGCAUGACGAAUCGAACUGUAAUACUAAAAUAUUGUGGCGUAAGAAGUAUAUUUGACGGGAAACUAUUGAUGUAUUAAAAACCCGAGGUUUGUGUUGGGUUGGAUAGGGGGUGUGAGUUAGGCCUAUAAAAAAGUUGAAAGUCACGGGCUAGUGUAUAUAUGAUGCCUUUCUCGUGAGUUUAAAAAUAAUGAAUUAUGUUUUGUAAAAAGAAAUAUCCUACUAAAACCAGCAACUUGGUUUUCAUAACAGAUUAAGAAGCCAAUGAAAUCUUUAUAGUAAUUGUUUGAAAUAUAGGUAUAUAUUUAAAGAGUAAGCAGUCUACCUUGACCCAGUUGAUUUAGAUAUUUCCAUUUCUCCAUGUAAGGAGAGAACCAGCAUCCAUUGUAUUCGUGUUCUAGUUCAGGUCUCUCCUUUGUGGGCAGUGUGUGGGAUCCUCAGUCAAAAGUUAGUGAAAGUAGUCUUGAAAGGAAUGUAUAGAAUGCUGCUGUCAUUUUGUGGAGAUUUGAUGUGUUAACAAAUGGUGAGCUAUUUAACACUGGCUGUGCCAUAGCAGUCUGAAGUUGUAGAAAUGUUCCUGAAAGUUACAAAGGCAGACAGUUAUUUGUAUGUCUAUUCAAGAGCCGCUGGUUGGAAACAAAAUUGAAGCCUUUUGCUAAUAUAGUUAGCUAGCGCCACACCAUUCUCAAUUGAAAAAAUUGUGAUAUUUACAAAUGUUAUCCCUGCAUUUAGCCUAAUUUUAAGCGAUCGUGGGCACAGGAUUCCGUUCGUGAGAAACAUAGCAAUGUGGCUUUGAGUAUCGGACGUAAAAACCCACCGACAAAAAGAAGAAAGGACAUAUCUGGUGUGUGCCCUGUGGGAGUCCACAACACAGGGACUGGUACUGGGAUAGGACCUGGAACACACCACUGGAGUCUAAAGAUCUGGCUGUUGUAAGUGACUGCAAUGGCAAACACAGAGAAGCUCUUAAUGGCCCUGCAGACCAAAAUUGUGUGGACUGGCAGGUCAGUGAUGAGUUACUAUCGGUCCCUCAUCUAUGCUCAGGGCUGGGAAGACAUCUCUGUCACAACCCACAGCACCUCCAGUACACAGCUGAGAGCACUCUCUAGAGAACAGAACGCAUGGAUGUUUGGUUUCUUUUUUAUUUGAAAAAAGAGAACUAUAUUGAAAGAUUAUACUUAUAACAGAGAAAGUACUGAACAAACCAGCAAAAAGUUAUUUUUUAAAUGUCAAAACAAAAAUGUAUAUGAAUUUCAAAACUACACGUGUAACAGGCUUAUUUCAUAAAACAAAGCUGGGAUGGGAAUGAAUUGUCCAGAGUUAUGUUUUUUUUUGUGUUCAUUUUCACUUUCAUUCAUUGUUUUUUUUUCCCAGAGGGAAAGUAUAAUAACACUUCUGUGAUUAAAAAGAAUUUAAAUGCA